AGAUGCUCGAUGAUAUUCGCGGUACCAACAAUUUGUUCGCGACUCGCUAGUCAGUACGCGUCCGUGUACCGGUGAAGGAACAUCUUGCGAGUGUACGGGUAGUGGCAAUGGACAAUACCAAAGCGAAAUCUCGUUGUCGUCUCAACGAGUACGAUUGAUCAUCUUGCUACCAGGAAAAAUGGGAAACGAGUUUCGCUUUGAAAUCAUUUAUCGAGUCAACAGGAUACGUAAUAAUUCGUCUGGAAGCAAGCUUGAUGUUCAGGUGCUAAAUGAUCGUCUUCGUGGCUUAACUUUAAAUCUGUUUGUACGACGAUGAAGAAUAGUUGAGAAUUAAUUGCUUGAUAGUUACCAAUUUUCAUCAUUCUUUGCGAUAAGAGCUAAAUAAUUGUUUUUUAAUUACCUAAAUCAGAAUUAUGACUUUACGGAACAAGAGAAUCUCGUUUUUAAACCUAAAUAAAUAGAUUAAGAAUUGUUUGCAAAAAUUGUAGAUACAAUAUUUGUGGAAAUUAAAUAGUAGGAACUUUCACUACAAUGUAAACAGCAAGAAGAAAGUAAUAGGUAUGUCAGAAACAAUACGAAUAUCGACCUAUUCAAAAUUGGAUUUGUAAUCUUUAAAUUGAUAUCACAUUGCCAAUGUUUCAAGCCACAAUAUUUGCUGACCAAUUUAAACACAUAUUCUACCUAUUGUAAUACCUGCAUGAUGCAUCUCUAGCCUGCAGUAUGUUUGUUCAUUUAUAAGUAUACAGGUAAAAUGUCUGACAUAUGAGAAUAUACGUGGCAGAUUUGCAUCUACCAAAAUAUACUACAACAUGCACACACACACAAUGAAUACAUGAUAUACUAAGAUUUUAACUUAAGGCCAUUGAAAUUUGCAGUCUACAACUUAAGCAGUUUAAAACCUCGUAUCGAAAAAAGCAAUAUGUAUACAUAUAAAAACGAUUAAUAAAUUGACGAUCGUUUUGCGCGCUGCAUCAGCAGAAUAUUCGCGAAUUUGAUCGACGCGACGUUUUCGUGGUCGUUAAUCGGGAUAAUUUUAUGAAGAUAAAAGUAACCGCGACGCUGCGGUGAGAGUGUCUCGGUGAGAAGCAAGAAAUCGUUCGUGAAAAGAAAAGUAUGCAGCUAUUUUCCAGCUUCAUGGCAAGGCACUUGAAGCGAGGAGCAUCCUUGAAAAAAGGGAAGCGAGAAGGGAAUUGGAUGGGAAACUCUACAAGUAACUAUCCAGGUUCGAUAGGAAGUUCCACUAAAGCUGUUAACAAUACCGGUAACGGUACUGCACCUGGGGGUGCCAACAUGUCCCCCGAGGAUACGGCUACCGACGAAGAAUUCGCCUUAGCUGUUACUCAAAAAACUCAGCGGGACGCUGAAGCUGUUCGCAGUGCGCUAUACCUCAGCGGAACCCUUACGGUCGCGUGGAUAAUAGGUGCAGCAGGUUUAUCGCUAGCAUGGCUGGUGUUAGUGUUAGCAUUAGCAGCAACGAUACUCAGGGCAAGGCUGUCUCGUCUUCUUGAAUCGACGAUUCAACGUGAAUUAUCCAAGCUGCGUCGCAAGAGAGCAUUGUACAAGGAUGAAACCGCUCAGUGGCUGAGCUUACUUCUCAACAAAUGGUGGAGAUUCAGUGCUGCUGGUAUAUUUUCCUUAGCAAAAGAAAGACUGGAACCUCUGUUGAAUGAAGCGAAACCAGGAAUACUUGGACCAUUAGAAUUAAGGGAACUUACACUUGGCGAACAAACGCCGUACAUUACACGCGUGAGGACAUUGGAUUUUACGAACGACGACGAUGUCGACGGUCAGUCAGGCCAAACAAACUUGUCAGUCGAAGCUGACGUACGCCUUGAAUGCGAACAAUUUCGUAUGCUCAUCAUGACAAGAUUAUUUGGCAAAGGAGUCGGCGUGGACGUCGAUCUGGCCGUGGAGAAACUGUCUCUCUCGGGCACAAUUCUCGCCAACCUGACUCUUAAUUCCAUGGCACCGUUUCCUCACGCAACCUCUUUAAGCGUGAGUUUCUUGGAGAAACCGGACGUUUGGUUCAACGUGAGAAUUCUUCGGGCAGUACAAAUGAUGGAGGUGCCUUUAAUUAAGACCUGGAUUCACGCGGUGGUUACGGACGCAUUGGCUAGCUGGAUCGUCGAUCCGGGUCACUUGGAGAUGAACCUGAGAGCGCAAGAACGACCUGGCCCCAAAUUCGAUUCCGUUGAUAAUUCUAUUUCUCAAGGAGUGCUCACGGUCAUUUUGUCGCAAAACGGAUGCCCGGCUCCCAUAGGCGACGAAAUUAGAUGGCUAGUGGUAACGGUGGGAGAUCAAAGGCGAGUUACGACUCCUUUAAAUUCCACGUGGAACGAGGACGUCUCUUUCUUAGUAGGAGCAUUGGAUAACGAGAAAGUUUCUAUCAAAUUAAAAGCAAAGCGACUCGUCAGUACUAUAACAUUGGCACAGUUCGAGUUGGCGCUUGGCGUUUAUAAUUGGGAUAGCUCGCAGGUGAUCGAAACCGUUUUGCAACAAAAGAAACCAUCCCGAAAUAGUGCUAACAUUCCAAAUAUCAACGCCCGACUGGAGUAUACGACGCUUCCAAAAUUGGAUCCAGACCUGCCACAACCAGAAUUAACAGACGACACGAAUUCACACUUGUCAGUGCCGCGAAAACAUUCCAAUCGAGUACAGAAAUCAGGAGUACUUGUGGUUUACAUUCAUUCAGCGGAAAAUCUAAAUAGCGACAGUUCUCAGUGUAAUCCUUAUUGCAUGCUAUUCAACAAUCGAAAGAAGGUUAAAACAACGCAUUACAUUCGAAAUACUACGUCACCGAGUUGGGAAUCAAGGGCGCAAUUUCUUGUUCAAGAUUAUUCACAAGUAUCGCUCAGUUUUGUCAUUUAUUCAUGGAAUAUAUCAAAAUCUACUGACAGCGAUAUGCUCGGGCUUGCAAUAUUCUCUUUAUCUCAAGAAAGCACGUGGGUUGUUAGAAAAGAGUUAGUUCUCAGUGGUUCGAAUAAUGCAUCGGCAAUGACGGUUUCCGUAUUAUUUUAUCCGGUCAAAAGUGUACAACAAGUGAUCACCAGCCGCAGAAGUAGUAUGACCUUUCCAAUGUCAGACGACGAUUCGAAAACUAAAAGGAAUAGUUUACCGUGGAUGCAACAAGCUAAACUAUUAUUAAGUCAUAAGGACAUGGAUCCCGCUUCAUCAGACGUGUCUAGUUUACUUUCCACUGGAAGCGGAUUAAUGGAAGUGACGUUAAUACGCGCCAAAGACCUCGUCGCGAAAGAUUUGAACGGUUUCAGUGAUCCUUUCUGCGAGCUAAAAGUGAAUAACGAAACGAAAUACAAAAGCAGUAUAAAGAAGAAAACGUUGAAUCCUUGCUGGGACGAAAGUUCUAUUAUGGGUCUACCAAGAAACGACGAAACUCUGGAUAUUGUACUAUGGGAUCAUGAUACUUUCGGUAUGAAGGAUUACCUGGGGAAAGUAUCAUUGACUCUCGACAAUAUUCGGCGAUUAUCAGACGGUGAUCGGUCCCAUUGGUUCACCUUGAGGGGAACCAAAACGGGAGCUGUAGAAUUGAAGAUCAAAGUCUUGUCGGAAGAAUGUGAGACACAAAGUACUUACGCAGCGAGCAAUAUUAGCGAAAGUUCAACUCAGCUGAAUAUCGAAGGUUCGGAAACGGUAUCGAACAUUGUACGAAGACCGUCGAUGGAAAAAUCAAAAAUGAGAUUACACUUGGACGUCGUACCACCGCCGCCGCCACCGCGAACUGUUACAUUAUUAAAGACAAACAUUUCUAGUCAAUCCGACAAAGGUAGUAUUGGAAGUAAAAGUUCUAACGAAAUAAACGGAAAUCAAAAUUCGUGGAUACCUAGAAUCAUCGCAGAAUCUGUAACCGAUGUAACCGAUGAUACGGAUGCAACUAAAUUAGGGGAACAACGAUCCUCGCACAACAGUUUGACUCCGAGUCCAGAUCAGAGCUUCGGCAAAAAAUUGCCACAGUAUAAUAGCUUUCGCGUUAUGAAGCAAAAGGUAAAAAGGGGACUGAAACUUCGCAGAUUUCGUUCGGAAGUAAACAUAGAAGACAAGAAUGAGGCGAAAGGCAUAACAUUAAGUUUGGAACCUAGGGGUGGCGGGGAAGCUGAUGCUACAGAACUUUUACAGGGAUCCGGUUUGGCUCAUGCCGUAUCACAACCCGACAUGCUUGGCAGGAUAAGGCAACCUAGUCCACGCCUAAGAUUAAGACCGAAUGAAUUAAAAAUUGUCAAUGGCACCAAGGAAAAAUAUUCCGGAAUAGAGGGUAAAGUCUUGCAAGCUCAAGGUCUGCAUGUCGCGCACAUUGCCCAGUUAUAUUGCAGAAUUAAACUUCAAAUAUGUACCAGUCCCGAGAAAGUUACAUCUUCAGCGAAUAGUGGUAAAACGUUGGCCAAAUCUCGGCUCCUACCCGCGAUGCCUAAUCCCCAGUUCAGCAUCGACUUUCAUAUAGACAGUGACAAUAUUCCGAGACAAUCUUUAUUAAUAUUCGAAAUCAGAAGUGCUAGUAAAGAAUUACUAGCCAGCAGGCGAAUUACGCUUCAUGAGUUAUUAGGUGUUUCCGCUGCCACUGACGAAAUUCACACGUGGCUGGCGUUAAAUAACGGGGCGUCCCUAGAAGUACAAAUUGUUCACGGAAGAGAACUUAAAAGCAAAUCGACGAAGAAAUUAUUUCGUUCUUGGUCGGUACAUCGAAUAGGAAAGAUAUAAGAUGCUCCUCCGAAAAUUUUAUAUUUUUUUACUUGACUUCCGUACAUUUGUUGAAAAUCACACUAUAUAGUAUAAAAGAGAAGGUACCCAAAUGUGUAAAUCGAAAAUCUUCCUGCGAGGAAACGUAUGUAAUAUAAUAGUAAGCAUUUAUCUGCGAACGCAUUUUACAUUUUACGUAUUUUAUACGUGUACAUAUAUACAAUCUAAAUAAACUUACUAACAUUAGUUUAUAAUCAAUGUUACAAUAUUCGUAUCAUGUAUCAUAAAAUGUGCAUAAACUAUUAUCAUUUUUCAUUCGGACAUAAUUCUUCAAAAAGAAACAAAACAGAUAAAGAUAAAUAUUAACUAAUUUUCAAACCUCCACUGAGUUACAAGUUACAUGAAUAAUGUUUAAUAAAAAUCCAUGUGUAUGUACAUAUAACAUAAAUUCUAUAUUUAAUCUGUAAG